AUGUCGCUCAUCUUCAAACGCCUCAACAGCUGUGCCAGCCGGUUCCGUCCUGUCGACGCCUCCUACGGGGUGCUCCGGCAUAUCCAUUUCCCUGGCAUAACCUCGUUUGAAGAUGGCCAGAAGUUCCAGCAGAUGGUGGUGGGUGCCAACCUCGAUUUCAAGCAGAUGGAGACCAAGAUCAAACGGCAGCUUAAAGACGUCCCCGCGGGCUUCCGUCUUAACGACUACGAAGACGAGCUCAUCAAGCGGGUGUUGUCGAUGAAACCGUUGCCGACAUUGUUGACGUUUGAGUUUAAUAACGUGUAUACUGGUGGGAAGAAGAUGAAGCAGGACCCUCAGCUCCAACAGAAGAUCGACCAGUACCGCAGCUUAGGGUGCGAAUAUCACCAGCUUGAGCGUGGCGGUCAGGUGACCUGGCACGGCAAUGGCCAACUCACAGCGUACGUGGUGUUGGACAUUAAGGGAUUCACCGAUCUCACUGUUCGCUGCUUUGUUGACCUGGUACUUAUUCAGUCGGCGCAAAACGUGUUGAAAAAACACUACAACAUUGAUGCCUAUAAUGAUCCAGAAAAUCCUGGUCUUUACGUACAAAAGGACCCCUAUAACGGCAAGAUCGUGUCUGUUGGCACCCACAUUCAGAGGGCGGUCACCUCUUAUGGUAUUGGCCUUAAUGUCAAUAAUGACCUUAAAUACUUGAACCAAUUCGAAAUGUGUGGUCUUCCCGGGGUGUCUGCUACCUCAAUUGCCAAGGAGAUUCCCCUGGCAAAGGUUACAGUGAAGGAUGUCGCCGAUCAGUACGCCCAACAACUUGCUCUUCGUCUUAACAUCGGUCAAGUCGACCAUAUUGAUGGUAGGGAAAUCAUUGAGCAAAGCAAGGAAUCAGACUCGAACCAAUAA